UCAUUUUUAUACCAACGCCAAGACACGUUUUAUAUUGUUCUGGAAAGUGAUGCUGAGAUGUAUGCCCGAGAUGCCUUCUUCUUGUGCCUAAAACGUGGUACAAUUCCACUGACAAUUGAAGACGACCAGGAGCAUCAGGAUGUGUUAAAUGCCAUCGUCAAUGCUAAAGGCUACACUAAUGUUGUUUUAGGUGUUGCGUACAUGAGGGAAAGUAGAAGCUUUAAGUGGCUCGAUAACUCUACAUAUAAUUUUACUGCUGUUGGUACCGGCAACAGUUCGGCGAAUAAUUUUUGGAUUUUGAAAAAAGACGGCUUGUACUACGAAACAGGAGAAGACAAAACAGACGUGGAAAUUGUUUGUAAAGUUAAAAUUAUUCCUCCAUGAAUUAAACAUUCACUAAUUAUUGUUAAUCAUGAUGCUCCCAUAGUGGAGGAACUAUGACGUGAUCGAAAGAAUUAAAGAAAAUUGUGGUAAUAAGAAUCAAAUUAUGAUCUGCUGACGUCACGGUUAAGCUGCAGUUGUCCUCAUGUAUUGGUAUUACUAUUCGAUUUGUUCGUCGACGCGACGCUUGAACGGAAUCACCGUCCUACCUGGCGUCCUACGUUCUCAGCAUGCACUCUUCUCUGUACUGUAGAUUUGGCCAAAUUGCGUUCUACAAUCUACUCGACGAGGUGACCUUAACGUUCUCGCAUGCGCAAAUGACUUUUAGUGACGUCAUUACUAUAUAGUUUCCAACUAGAA